AUGAACUCAAAUCAAAAUAUUAUCUUAUAACUUGCAGAUACUCCUUUAAGUAAUGAAUAAUAGAACAUCAAUAGUUGUAGUAGUAUUCAAGAUUCUCUUGAAAAAAAAGAUUCCUAGCAAUAGUAAUAACAAGACUAGAAUAAUCAAAGUACAUAAAGUUCUUCUAAUGGAUUUGAUUAUUUGAGUAUUUGUUAAGUUAAAAAUAUUUCUUAAUUUUUCAAAUAGCCUAAUCAAUAAAAUAUUUUUUUAAUGUAUGGUGACUUGCUUUUGGAAACAAGAAAAAACUACUACGAUCCUGAUUACACUUUAUAAAUAUGCAAUACUUAUCUGUAAAAAAAAAGAGUAACAGAAGUAAUAUAUGAUAAAAAUGCUCAUUUAAUUGAAAUGAAAUCAGAAAAUUUAUUUAAUGGAUCAACAGAUUUUAAGUAUGUGUAUGAGAUUUUAUUGAGAAGUUAAAGUAGCUAAAAUUACAAUUUAGCUCAAGAAUUAUCUUUGUAUGAAUAAAAAAUUGUCGAGCAAAGAAUAAAUUAUGAAAGAUUUUUUAUGGAAAAUGAUCAAGAUUUGAUUUACCAAGCCUAGCAAGAUUUUUUUUAGAGAAUGAAAUAGGAUUUCAAAUAAAAAUUAAUUAAAAAUGACCAUGAUUUUUACUCAUAUUUAUUUUAUAGUUAUAUUGAUUAAUUAGAAUUAGGGUUUCCUAUUCAAAAAGAACAAGGAAUUAAUGAAGCUGUUUGUGCAUUGUUAGGAUGUGAUUAAUUUUAAGUUGUAGAAUUAAUGUAAAGAUAUGGUUUUAUUGAGCAUAUAAUUAAAAGAGGAUUUCCAAAACAUUUGCAAGAUCUUGAGCCUUUUGGGCAUUUUUUUAUGUUAUAAAAUUUAGACUAUUUUGUGAAACUUACUGACGUUUUUGAUGAAUAAUUAACAAUUAUGACAGUAGAUGGAAUACAUUUUAAUGUGAGAAUGGUUUUGAAAUAAGUGAGUCAAUUAUAUAAAGGUAUGCUAAUUACUAGUUUUUAUUAUUCUUAAUACUUAGUUGAAAACGAAGAGUUAGAAAGGAUUUUAUCUAUUAGAAUUUAAGGCUCUCACAUCCAUUCUUCUUAAAAUAUAUUAGAUUUACUUUUAUCAUAAAACAUUUAUUCAAUAUAUGCUAAUAAAUUUGGAAAUUACAUCACAAAUUAUAAAAACUUUGAACCUAAAAUCAACUAAGAUUUAUAUCCUGAAAAAACAUGUAAAUAUAGAUUUGUUAAUAAUUAAAAUAACUCAUGA